GGCCCUACCCGCGCGUUGAGCUGGGACCAGACAUCUCGGUGUUUGGCCGGACCUGAAGUGCGCAGAGGACGGGGCGCGACCAUGUACCGGCUUCUGAGCCCUAACCUGGGCCGAGGCCUUUUGCGGGCUGCGGGGCGGCGGUGCCGGGUCUGUCCGGCGCACUUGCUACCGGUGCGGGCCGGGGGUAGGGCGCCCGAGGUGGCGGUGCCGCCAUCCCGAGUCGCGCCAGAGGGCAGGGGAUCCGGCCUGAUGCCGCUGUUGGCAGCCCUCGCGUGGUUCUCGAGACCCGCCGGAGAGGAGGAGGAGGAGAAGGAGGGGCCGGCAGCGGCCGCCGAGGGUACGGCGGACGAGGUCGAGGCGGAGAUCAUCCUGCUGCUGAAGCGGGCGAAGUUGAGCAUCAUGAAAGAUGAGCCAGAAGAGGCUGAGCUAAUUUUGCAUGACGCACUUCUUCUUGCCUAUCAGAGUGAUAACAAGAAGGCCAUCACUUACACUUACGACUUGAUGGCCAACUUAGCAUUUAUACGGGGUCAGCUUGAAAAUGCGGAAAAACUUUUUAAAGCAACAAUGAGUUACCUGCUUGGAGGGGGCAUGCAACAGGAAGACAAUGCAAUCAUUGAAAUAUCUCUAAAGUUGGCUAGUAUCUAUGCUGCUCAGAAUAGACAUGAAUUUGCCCUUGCUGGCUAUGAAUUCUGCAUUUCAACACUAGAGGAAAAAAUUGAAAGAGAAAAGGAAAUAGCAGAAGACAUUCUGUCAGUGGAUGAGAAAGCCAAUACCCACCUCCUCCUUGGCAUGUGCUUAGAUGCCUAUGCUCGCUACCUUCUGUUGUCCAAGUAUCCAUCACAGGCACAAAGGAUGUAUGAAAAAGCUUUGCAUAUUUCUGAAGAAAUAUUAGGAGAAACACACCCGCAGACCAUUGUGCUGAUGAGUGACCUGGCUACCAGCCUGGAUGCACAAGGCCACUUGGAUGAGGCCUGUUUUUACAUACAGAGGGCAUCAGAUCUGGCAAGACAAACAGAACAUCCUGAGCUACACAUGGUGCUCAGUAAUCUGGCUGCAAUUCUGAUGCACAGAGCUCAAGACUACCAAGCUCGAACUGGAACCAGAGAUAGUAACGGAACAUAUAGAACACUGCAGCAAGUUAUCUCUGUACUAAAUGAAGCGCCACACUGACCACUUAAGGUACAUGGUGGAAAAGGAGCGGGUGUCAGAUUAUAAGAGCCAACUAUGACAAGUGGAGUAUGGAGAAGAUACUGUUCUAAGGCAUGACCACUGUCUGACCUAUGAGCUGGACCUGAAAGAGAGGGGAAAAUUGCUUCUCUCAAACCUCCAAUGGAAAUUGUUUGUCAUUGAUGUUUGUUGUGAUAUAAACCAGUGCCUCUCCUUUGCCUCCUACUACAUGGGUCCUGGAACAGGCUAUUGUCCUGACCUGGUCAAGCAUAUGAAAUAAUUUCUGAUAGCGCUCAUUUAUUACUAACCCCCCACUUUACUCUAUGUAAUUCUCUGGCACUUUCCGAGUGGUAUAAGAAUCCAUUUCAUCUUGCAGAUGGCCAAUGUAUAUUUUUUAUGUGAAAAGUCUAUUAAUUACCAGACUGAAAAGGCCAGACUCUUUCUUCCAUCUUUUCCUGCCCUCUGCUUUCAGAGGUAGAUUUUCUGUCCCAGGAGCUUUCCCUGGGUGUGCAUGCACUAAUACCUUUGGGUAAGCAAAUAUGCCCUUUACCUAACCGC